AUGAACCGAAUAUCUCAACUGAUGUCAACACCAGUAGCAAAUUCUUCCCGGUCUGAGAAAGAAUACGCUGUAGAGCUGUCUCCCCCUUGCAUUUUCCCAAGUUCUGUCUGUGAUUUCCUGGAUGGUGACGGUUCCUUUGAGUGCUGCUCCAUAGAUCCCCUGACGGGCUCCCAUUUUACCUGUCGCCGAAGUCCCAGACUCCUCACCAAUGGCUACUACAUCUGGACCGAAGACAGUUUUCUCUGUGACAAAGAUGGCAACGUAACUCUGAGCCCCUCCCAGACCAGUGUCCCGUACAAGGAGAACUUAGUCAAAAUAUUUAGAAAGAAAAAGAGAAUCCGCCAUUCUUUUUCUUCUCUCUUCAACCUCAGCACCUCUGAAUCUUGGCUGCAUGGAAACAUCUUUGGUAAUGCUGACUCUUCCCCCAAUGAGGAUGUCUGGUUGGAGGGGGUCAGGAGGCUGGAAACAAACCAUUGCAAUGAAAAUGGAGGUGGUUUGGACUGGUCGCUGACGGAUAACUGGGAGUCGGAGAAGCUAAAUGCAGAGUCUGUGAAAACCUCCCUUUCCAGCCAUGUCACCUCUCAGAGUCCUGGAGAAAACUCCCACAACCUGCCUCCUCAGUCCCAGUUCACAGCUUCUGAACAUUUCCAGGAAAACAUUUUGGAUCAUCCAAAAACCAGUUUGUUACGAGAGGUCUCCUUUCAAGCAACUCUGUUUGCUGCAUGCUUAAUUAUUUCUGCCUGUGCAAGAUGGUUUCUGGGAGGAAUCAUAGCCAGUGUCUUCACAUGCUCCUUGGUGAUAACCAUUGCUUGUUUGCCAAAAUUUGACAGCCAUUCAGGAGAGCCUCUGAUGAAUGUCUUCAAUCUGAAUAUCUGGAAAUUGUCCCAGUUGUAG